GUUUAUCAGUAAUGUGCCAAGCGGUUUUUCUUCAUUAUUCAGUUUAGUUCUGAUAGCUGCUUUAACUUAUUUUUCUAUAAAUCCAAAAUGUUUGCACGUGUAUACUGUCACAUAAAAGUACAAGUUACAACGAUUAUUACUGUGAAGUGCUCAGCUGUCACCCGUCUCUAUAGCGCCGAAGUCUCCAGCCCGCUCCGCUGAGCGCUGUGGAGGAGCGCGCUUGCGCACUGGGGUCGCGUCAUCAAGGGAAAUCCAGAGUUAACGGCUAACUACGGUGUCGACCGCGCUCGCCUUUUUAAAAGAAACCGAAAACACAAAAUGAGGAUUUAAAACAGCGAACUCUGUUUUAGAUUAACGGUGUUAUUGUGUGUGCGGCUGUUGAGCUGUGCGGGACGGCGCUUGGACCGAUGGACUGCGCUGCCUUGCAGAACUGUGUGCAGGAGUGAGUUGCACGACCCUGCACCGCUGCUUUCCCGCGCGCUGGAAUGCUCCCCCGCUUGCAGCGCCAUUCCCCAUUCUAUGCUAUUGAUGCAACUUUGCACCAGCGCUGACCCCUCCCAAGCGCGGGAAAGGCAGCCCGGGGAUCGCUCAGCGCAGUGUUCUGAAAUACGGACGUUACUCCCUGUGCUUUUAUCACAUCUGAAGACGUGCUGAAAAUAUUUGAAUGGGAAGGUUCAGUAGAUAAAUAAAAAAUAAUACCGAAUAAGAAUUGAAGGCGUUGUUUCUGAAUGAAAAGGGGAUUCCGCUAAACCAGACUCAAACUACAGUCAGUGAAGAUGGACGUCAGCGUCUCCGUGUCGUUCUUUCAAGACGAGCUCGCCUCUACCAUCGAGCACGCAGUGAAAGCGGCUGUAGACACCGUCUUGUGUGAAAUUACUAAAGUUAUCGGCAGCAAAUUCACUCAAUUCCAGAUGGAAAUGGCUGGAAAGGAGAGAGAGAAUGGCAGUCUGAGGCUCAGGUUGGAGAUAUCAGAGAGCGAGUUGAAAGCAGUGCGAGGAUGCAUGAACGCUGCAGAUGCAGACACCAAACAACCUCGAAUAUUUCAAGAUCCCAAAGAGAGUCACGCUAUCCCUGAAUCUGAAGCACAGGAGAGGUCAGAGAUCAAAGAAGUUUACAAACAAGAGGAGUCCUUUGAGCAGGAGCAGUGUGCAAGUCUAAUGCAGAUUACAGAGCCGACACAUGUUAAAGAUGAAGAGGUCCCUCAACAGGAGUGUGUUCCUAUUAAAGAGGAACGUCCUACUGAAAAUAGUGUCUGUACACUUGAGGAGGCGAACCAGCUGGGAUUCAACCUGUGUGAUGAUCCUCCAUCUGAACUGGGAUUUAGAGAUCCCAAAGAGAGUCGCGCUAUCCCUGAAUCUGAAGCACAGGAGAGGUCAGAGAUCAAAGCAGUUUACAAACAAGAGGAGUCCUUUGGCCAGGAGCGGUGUGCAAGUCUAAUGCAGAUUACAGAGCCGACACAUGUUAAAGAUGAAGAGGUCCCUCAACAGGAGUGUGUUCCUAUUAAAGAGGAACGUCCUACUGAAAAUAGUGUCUGUACACUUGAGGAGGCGAACCAGCUGGGAUUCAACCUGUGUGAUGAUCCUCCAUCUGAACUGGGAUUUAGAGAUACCAAAGAGAGUCGCGCUAUCCCUGAAUCUGAAGCACAGGAGAGGUCAGAGAUCAAAGCAGUUUACAAACAAGAGGAGUCCUUUGAGCAGGAGUGGUGUGCAAAUCUAAUGCAGAUUACAGAGCCGACACAUGUUAAAGAUGAAGAGGUCCCUCAACAGGAAUGUGUUCCUAUUAAAGAGGAAUGUCCUACUGAAAAUAGUGUCUGUACACUUGAGGAGGCGAACCAGCUGGGAUUCAACCUGUGUGAUGAUCCUCCAUCUGAACUGGGAUUUAGAGCUUCUAAAGGAGAACACGACUCCACUCCAUCACUCCAGAGCAAAAACUCUUCUAGUGGCAAACCACAGCACAAGAAAAUCAGAAAGAUGACACCCCAAGAACAUGUGAAGACAUUGGGAUCUCGCUCAGUUAAAAUCCCUUCUUUACAAGACAGACAACCACUUACUGUGAAGAGUACAGAGCCGACACAUUCUGUAUGUUUUAACAGUUCUGAAACCCAGGGCAACUUGAAGACCUUGCCUCAUUCUGUUGAAGGUGGGAAGAGUUCCUGUCAAUUAGACUCUCCUGAAACUCACAUGGGAAAUCUCACAGGAGGGACUUCAUUGCCCUGUGCUGAGUAUGGGAUGAGUUUCACACAGUUAGGAAAUCUUCAAUUGCACCAGCGCAUUCACACAGGAGAGAAAUGUCAUCAGUGUUCUCAAUGUGGGAAGAGAUUCAGCCGUUUAUCAAAGCUUAUAAUCCACCAGCGCAUUCACACAGGAGAGAAACGUCAUCAGUGUGCUGAAUGUGGGAAGAGAUUCAGCCGUUUAUCAAAGCUUAUAAUCCACCAGCGCAUUCACACAGGAGAGAAACGUCAUCAGUGUUCUGAAUGUGGGAAGAGAUUCAGCCGUUUAUCAAAGCUUAUAAUCCACCAGCGCAUUCACACAGGAGAGAAACGUCAUCAGUGUGCUGAAUGUGGGAAGAGAUUCAGCCGUUUAUCAAAGUUUAUAAUCCACCAGCGCAUUCACACAGGAGAGAAACGUCAUCAGUGUGCUGAAUGUGGGAAGAGAUUCAGCCGUUUAUCAAAGCUUAUAAUCCACCAGCGCAUUCACAAAGGAGAGAAACGUCAUCAGUGUUCUGAAUGUGGGAAGAGAUUCAGCCGUUUAUCAAAGCUUAUAAUCCACCAGCGCAUUCACACAGGAGAGAAACGUCAUCAGUGUUCUCAAUGUGGGAAGAGAUUCAGUGAUUUUUCAUACUUUAAAAUCCACCAGCGUGUUCACACAGGAGAGAAACCUUAUCACUGCUCUGAUUGUGGGAAGAGAUUCAAUCAGUUAGGUGGCCUUAAAAGACACCUGCGUGUUCACACAGGAGAGAAACCUUAUCACUGCUCUGAGUGUGGGAAGAGAUUCAGUCAGUUAGGUGAUCUUAAAAGACACCUGCGUGUUCACACAGGAGAGAAACCUUAUCACUGCUCUGAGUGUGGGAAGAGUUUCACAAGGUUAGGAUAUCUUCAAUCACACCAGCACAGUCACACAGGAGAGAAACCUUAUCACUGCACUGAGUGUGGGAAGAGCUUCAGUGAUUCUUCUUACUUUAAAAUACACCAGCGUGUUCACACAGGUGAGAAACCUUAUCACUGCACUGAUUGUGGGAAGAGAUUCAAUCAGUUAGGUGGCCUUAAAAGACACCUGCGUGUUCACACAGGAGAGAAACCUUAUCACUGCUCUGAGUGUGGGAAGAGAUUCAGUCAGUUAGGUGACCUUAAAAGACACCAGCGUGUUCACACAGGCGAGAAACCUUAUCACUGCACUCAGUGUGGGAAGAGCUUCACAUGGUUAGGAAGUCUUCAAUCACACCAGCGCAGUCACACAGAAACCUUAUCACUGCUGAAUGUGGAAAACUUUCAGUCGUUUUGCAAACCUUGAAAGACACCAUAACACUUGCGCAUGUGUAUCCCGAUCCCUGCUCUCAAUAUGGGAAGAAGUUCAGUCAGUUGCAGGCUCUUGAAGGACACAAGAAAAUGAUCAGCAUUUCAGACACUUGAGGACACCAAAGCAACAUUGAUAAAUAGGGUCACCCCUAAUCACAGCGACUUCAGAUCACAAACUUACUCUCGCGGAUGGAAGAUGUGAACGACUGCAUCUUGUUGGACAGUUCAUCAUCUUGUUGACCAUUGUGAUUUUGUUACGUCACAUUAGUAAUGCUAGUAAAUAGAUUGUAAAUACGUCUGCAAGGUUCCACUUUUCUCCCAUGUAUUGCUUAGUCUCCUAGUUUCAAUAUUAAGAUCCCCAGUUCUUUCAAGGCAGUACUAAGCUUUGGUUAAUACUGAUCUUCAUGAUUCUAACAUAGUUUUUGUGUUAAAAAAUGCUCAGUCUGAAUUCUAAGGUUUUAUUUUUAUGUAAAGAAAUGAUGACAAAUGUUUUUUGUUUUCUGAGUGCUUUUGUGUUCACCUCUGUACAGAACUGUUUGUAAUGUUUUCCUCCCGGGAUACUCCUGUUCAGCCCAUUCAGGGACAGGGAUUGAACGGCUGUUCUUUGACUCUUUAACUGUAUUUCAGUCAGUUGUAUUGUCCGCCUUUUUUUGAUUUAGCCAAGCUAGUUUUCUAUUUUGCUUUAAUGGCUGUAGGCCUAUUCAAAAUAAAACACUUAUGUUGCUAGAAAAUCAAAGUUAGCUGGGAAAUGAUAAAUGAAAGUUUUAUUUUAGUCAGUUUUAUUGUCCUUGUUGCUUUCACAGGACAGCAUAUGUUCAGCUACCAAGUCCUGUAAAGAUUUCAAUAAAGUCUGAGUUUGUUUGUUCA